AUGGAGAAGAAGUGGGUUGCUGCCCUUAAGUCCUAUAAUGAAGGAAAAGUCCAUAAGACCCCAGCUGAGAAUGACAAGGAAGCCGAUAUUGAAUUCUUGAGGCUGCUUGAAGAGGAGAGAAAGGUUGAAGAGGAAAAAGAUCCAUCCUAUAAGACAAUCCCAAGGUUCUUCUAUAAGAAGCCAUCCAAUGAGAACUCCCUCUAUUUUAGAGUCCGCCAAGAAGCAAGGACCAGGUUCCUUCAGAACAAGACUGCAGAGGUGCUUGACAAGGAGGACUUAGAAAGACUGUGGUUUUUGUUAAAAGAAAAUGUUUCUCUGCCUGAAGAUGGCACAGAAAGGAUUAAUUAUGACCAGUUUGUAUAUGUCUCAAGCAUGCUCCCUCCAAAAUGAAGGCAGUUUUUCACUUCCUCAACCUUCCUCAAAUUCGAGAGGGACGAAUAUGGUAGGAUCGAGAUUGUUCCUUUCUUUCACUAUGUCGUCAGGAAAGUCAAUUUGUUCCAAACCAGAAUUCAAAUCUCACUGUAUGACUCUAGUGGGUACGGAUACUUGAAAGAAAAGGAUCUGGAAAAUUAUAUAUUCGAGCUAAUGCCGACCUUCCCACAGCUACAGAACUUGCAGGAGAACUUCUAUCCAUUCUAUGUGAUUACCGCAGUCAGAAAGUUCUUCUUUUUCCUAGAUCCUAAGAGGACAGGGAAAAUUCUGAUCAAAGACAUGCUCACUAGCCCUAUUCUGGCUGAGCUCUACGAGCUCAGGCAGGAUAGGUGGAACAUGGAAGAUGCUGUUCAGAACUGGUUCUCUGUUCAGUCCUCCCUCAGAGUCUAUGACCAAUACCUCAAACUUGACGGUGACCACAACGGAAUGCUCAAGAAGGAAGAGCUUGCCAAGUACUCUUCAGGGCUGACGAAGAUUUUCAUAGACAGAGUUUUCGAAGAGUACCAGACCUUCGAAGGUGAGAUGGAUUACAAGACCUUCCUUGACUUUGUACUUGCCAUGGAGAAUAAAAAGACUUCCCAAUCUAUCCAGUACUUCUGGAGGAUCCUUGAUGUGUAUAAUAAAGGUGCCAUUGACACAUUCGUCAUCAACAUGUUCUUCAGAAAUGUUAUUGAGAUGCUUGAGAACAGAGACAAGAGUGGCUUCAAGGUAGAUGAUGUCAAAGAUGAGCUCUGGGAUAUGAUCAAACCUGAGAUGCCUAAGUGCAUCACAUGACAAGAUCUCAUUAAUUGAGGUGUUGGCGAGGUCGUCAUCAGCAUGUUGACCGAUGCCAAAGCAUUCUAUGACUACGAUCAGAGAGAAUCUUCUGAAACUGACGACUUUGAUGACUUCAAUGGUGAGGAAGAAGAGGAAUAAGAUGA